AUGGUUCAUUCUAAAGAUAGUUAUCACAGUACACUUAAUUUCCUGUCAAUGAAUGCAAGCUAUUCAUGUUUCACUUCAGAAAGCAUCCUAGAUUGCAGAGUUGAUUGUGCAUGUAAAAAUCAAAACUGUGGUCCAAUUGGUUACUUUCUAGAAGGUAAUUGUUAUGAUGGCUGCAUUGAUGGAUAUAGAGGUGCUCGGUGCACUCAGAAAUGUACUUACAAUUGUACAAACUGUGAGUAUGACAAACACACAUGCAAUGCAUGCUUUAAUGGCUAUUUCCCUGGCCCUUAUAGUGACUGUACAGCAAAAUGUUUACCAGGUUGUAAAUCUUGCACGUCAAACACUACAUGCACUACAUGUACGGACGGAUAUUAUAACGCGUAUGGUUCCAUGGACUGCCGGUAUCUUUAUUGUCCACAGAAUUGCGAAUGCCAACAAAAUCAGUGUGUGUCGUGUAAAUCUGGUUACUAUGAUACCAGUACGUUAUGUAGCGGUAUAUGUCAAGGUAAUUGUAUGAAUUGUUCAUCACGGGAUAUUUGUGAUGAAUGUAGAGAUGGUUAUUUCAACGGGCAUCGGUUUGACAACAGUAACCUUCCUCUUUUUACAAAUUGUACGCUUGGAUGCCAUGAUCAUUGUAAACGAUGCUCAUUAUAUAAAACAUGCUUGCAAUGCGAAACUGGGCGAUAUGGAUCAACUUGCCAAAAGGAAUGUUCCAAUGGAUGUGAAACAAGUGAAUGCCUGAUAGACUCCGGAAAUUGUAAAUGUUCUCCUAAUUUUUCGGGAGAUAAAUGUGAUCAAUGUCAGAUUGGAAAACAUGGAAACUUUUGUAAAAUGCAAUGUCCGCCCAACUGUGUUAAUUCCUGUGAUAUCGAAACAGGAACCUGUGACUCCUGCAAAAAUAACUUUUACGGUUUAUUUUGUAACUUGUCCUGCAGCAGCAUCUGUAUUGACAACGUCUGUAAUCAAAAUAACGGCAAAUGCACGAGGGGUUGCAAUGGAACAACUGAUGAUCCUGUUUGUCCUCUACGGUCAGAUUCCCCGAAGGAGACAGAACCUGUUACAGCUGCAGUACUAGGAUCUAUUCUAGCAGUUUCAGUUGUUGUUAACAUUGUAUUUGUCGGCCGUUUACUCCUAAAACAGAUACGUACAUCUCGCAGGAAAGCUAUGAUACCUGAAACAGGAAAGGCAUUUUAUGAAAAUACUGGAAAAAGUGGAAAUGCGAUAGAAAUGGCAGGUAAUACUGAGACAAAUGGAAACGGAGGCACAGUCACUGAAAAGGCUUCUCUAAGUGUGUGCAUUUCAAAGAAAAGUGAAUACGAGGGUAUUCGCUACGUGCAAGAAUCCGAGCAUGAGUAUGGACACAUUUCACCUGCUGCUACAACAACUAACAUAUACAAUAGAAAUAUUACAUUUUCACAGAUUAAUCCAGUACGUUCAAACGACUGUAUAGAAGCUGUGAUGCAUGAUAUAUUGUUGAUAUGGGUGUGUAAAUGGUUAAUUGUCAACAAUUCACAAGCAGCAGAAGACAGAGACAUAGAUUGCACAGUUAAUUGUGCAUGCUGUAUAAAUGAAAAGUGUGGUCCAAACAAUUACUACCCAGAAGGUACUUGUUAUGAUGGCUGCAUUGAUGGGUAUAGAGGUGUUCGGUGCUAUCUAAAAUGUCCUUACAAUUGUACAAAAUGUGAGCAAAAAGAGGAAACGACGUGCAUUGAAUGUUUUAAUGGCUAUUUUCCUGGCCCUAGUAGUGAUUGUACAGCAAAAUGUCAACCGGGUUGUGAAACAUGUUCGUCAAACACUGGAUGCACUAAAUGUAAGGACGAAUAUUAUAACGCCAAUGAUUCCACUGACUGCCGGUAUCGUUAUUGUCCACAAAAUUGCGAAUGCCAACAAAGUCACUGUGUGUCGUGUAAAGCAGGUUACUAUGAUGCCAGUACGUCAUGUAGCGGAAUGUGUCCAGAAUCCUGUGACAUUGAAACAGGAACCUGUGACUCUUGCAAAAAUAACUUUUACGGUUUAUUUUGUAACUUGUCCUGCAGCAGCCAUUGUAUUGACAACGUUUGUAACCAAGGGAACGGCAAAUGCACGAGGGGUUGCAAUGGAACAACUGAUGAUCCUGUAUGUCCUCUACGUUCAGAUGAAAGUCCGCCGGAUCCAGUGAACAUUACAGGUCCUGUUGUAGGGGGUAUUGUCGGUCUAGUAGUUGCUACAGUUGUUGUCAUUGCAGCUGUUUGGUUUUACAGGCGAAGGGUGUCAAACAAAGAGACAGGCAUUCCAGGAAAUGCAGCAUUAGGUGAAUCUGCAAAAAAUGAAGAACACACAUAUGGAAACAUUACUGGGAAGGAAACUAAAAAGACACGUUCAGUGACCGAUGCCUCAGCUGUAGUGGACAUCGAUGACGAGCAAAUAAACGAGCAAGAUGAUGAUUUAGCAGCCAAAACUGACAAGACGUAUUACAACAUGGAACAAAAUAACCACAGAGUGAACGUGGACAAUCUACUUACGUAUGUUACUAAGGAACACGUUGAUGCAUUUGAAAACGAAUUCAAGAAACUAAAUAGCGGUUUAGAUUUAACAGAGAAUUGCAGAUUUGCUAGAAGGCCCGAAAAUAUAGCAUUGAACAGGUAUAAUGGGAUAUACCCCUAUGACCAUUCUAGAGUGACUAUCCCUGGGCAACCGACUUUUUUCAUCAAUGCUUGUUACAUCGAUGGUUACAACAGAAGGAAAGCUUAUAUCGCCUCUUUAGGCCCUACUGCAAAGACUACAGAUACUUUCUCGACAUUCUGGCUUAUGGUUUGGAAUGAGAAAUCUGAUAUCAUUGUGAUGCUGACUAAUCUCCGCGAAGCAACGGGCAUGAAGUGUGAGAAGUACUGGCCAGAAACGGAAGCGGAAGAGUUGUAUGGACAAGUUAAUGUGAAAUGUUUGAGUAUAGAAAAAUAUGCUGAAUACACAGUCAGAACUUUCACAGUUUCAAAGGGCAAAGAAGAGAGAAACGUGCUGCAGCUACAUUACACGGCAUGGCCUGAUAAAGGUGUACCGCUAGAGGUUACAAGUCUUGUAGAAUUCCGACAAAGGGUGAAGGCAGUCCCGGUCACCUUAGGUGGACCGGUUAUAGUCCAUUGCAGUGCUGGCGUAGGUAGAACUGGGACUUAUAUUGCUUUAGACCAGCUUACAGAGGAAGGCAAGUGUGAAGGAUCUGUUGAUGUAUUCAACUGUGUGAACAGAAUGAGGGAGCAAAGGGUCAAUAUGGUCCAGACAGCUGAGCAGUAUACAUUUCUUCACAAAUCGCUGGUACACUCACUUUCUUUCGGUUGCGAGGCACUGACAGCUGAGCAGAUACAAAGAAUUAUGUACGAGACAGAUGACAGGAUGUUCACAAAGAUUUAUCAGACUUUACGACAGGAAGUUGACAUCGAGAGCAAAGACGACAUCGAAGCACGUGCAGAAAAUAAAAAGAAAUAUAAGGAUAAGAACCGACGGCAUUCUGAUAUACCUGUUGACGGCAGUCGAGUACGUUUGUACCUUUCUAGGAAAGAUGGACAGCAUGACUACAUCAACGCCGUCUUCAUAAAUAGUUUCAAAAUCAAGAACCUGUUUAUUGCUGCUCAGUCCCCACUUCCACGGACUACUGAAGACUUUCUCAGUAUGAUUUAUCAACAAAACAGUACAUGUGUUGUUGCAUUGGAGGAGCCACACUAUAAAAGCAAUGACGUUGGAAAAUAUCUUCCUGCUGAUAAUGAGACUUACACAUUUGGACAUUCUGUUGUUACAAGCUCAAAGUGUGAGACGAAAUCACAGUAUGUCUUGAAGAAAUUGUCCAUUCAACACGAAUUGAAGGGCGAGGAGAAAACAGUUUAUCACUUCCAAUACAACAACUGGGGAAAUUCGGAGAAGGUCCCAGACAGCGCGGAAGAAUUUGUCCACUUCAUAAAAGAAAUAGAAAAAUACAUAGGCCAACAAACUGAAGAUACGCCUCAUUUAGUAGUCCACUGCUUAAACGGCUACGAAAGAACUGGGCUAUUUUGUGUCGUGUACAAAUUGCUAGAGAAACUGGAGGCAGAGCGACAAGUCAGUGUUGUAAACACUGUGAGGAAAAUCAGAACGCAUCGAAAACAGUCUAUUACAUCUGUGGAACAACUCAAGUUUUGCUACCAGUGUGUUGCUGCCUAUAUGGAAAUAUACAACACCUACACAAACUUUGCUACAUGAGAAAUUAUACAGCUCUUGCAUAGGAUUUUUCAGAAAGAUUUAAACAAGAAACACUGAGUAGUAAAUUAACAAUAAACACUUGUGACACUUUAUCAAUUAUUGUCUAAUUACUUAUUUCUAAAUUAUGCUGUACAUAAUUAUUUGCUUACUACUGGUUUUAAUCAUCAUCAUCAUCAUCAUAAUCAACAUCUUCAGUAAUUUCCUCACUCUACAGUAGUGUAUACCGUAUACCAUUUCUCUGUUUUGUACAUGUUUUGCACAGGAAACGUUUUUUCCUAAAAAUGAAAUGAUUUUGCUUUCAGUUUAAUUAUUUAACAUUGAAUGUGUAUAUCAAAUACAUCAUUGAAAUCAUUAUGCAUUGAAAGUUGAGUUAAUGAAAGUGAAAGGAGAACCCGUGUAACUGACCUAUUUCUUGAAAGGUUGAAAAUACUACUUAACCACACAACUAACUAGAAUGUUUAAGAAAGAUAAGCAAAAUAAAUUUUGAUAAAUAAUAAAUAAAAUAAAAGUUAACAAUAUGUUAAGGCAGUAGAAUGAGAUAAUUCCGUUCAGUUGCGAAUUUAUUUGAAGACUACCAAGAUAUAAAACACAAUUAUUCAAACAGGAAAACAAUACAGGUUAAGAACCUUUUGCUUACUCUUAUUCGAGGUGAUAAUAUGUGUGUUAUGAAUUUUACCAACGUCUUGUUUUACGUACUGUGUAGCCGUCGUUAAAUGUCGUCCUGUACAUUUUUUUAUUAUUUCUGGUGUUUUAGGGGUUAUUGAGUCCAUUCAAUGAACAGUAUCUACAUACCGGGGUUGGAGGCGUAAUAGGUAUUGCACAUUUCAUUUUCAAGAACAGGCUCAAUCAAAUAGUGUCUGAUUUUACUUUGACGUGUUAUCUCCUUUUUCCCCAGACUAUAUAUUAUUAUUAUCAAAUAUGUCCAUAAAACAAAGAGUUUGCAAAACUAGACUUCAAACAAAACUCGUCUGAAAAUGUAUCAUAAGAUUGUGUGGUUUGUAAAACGCAUGGUAUUGUAAUUUUCAAUAUUAUUUAUUUAUUAGGCAUUGAUAUUAUCACGCAUUAAGGAUAUUAUUAUGCAAUGCAUUGUAAACCUUCUCCGCACAUUAACUUCAGUUGCAUAUAGAUUUUUUUUGAUG